AUGACCUUGAUAGAAUAGAAAAACUAACAAGUUUUAGAGUUACUUAAAAACUUUGUUCUAGAUUAUUCAAAUAUUGAAUUAUUUAAAAGUCUAAUACUAGAAGAUUGUAAUCCUGAGACCACGUUUGUUCUUUAUUCAAUUAUAUAAAAAAGUCUUAUAAAUGGAGAUCAUUUUACAAAUUUACCUCAUCAAAAAGUGAAUACUGAGUACUUUAGUAAUGAAUAUGAUCAUCGAUUAAAUAUUACAGAAAUUUGUACUAAACAUAUAGACAUUGCUCUAAUUUAUUUACAAUAAUCUCACAAUCAUCCUAGUUAUGUAUAUAACUAAGUAAUUUUUACUAUUGCACUUUUGGUGAGAAAAAAUUGGAUUGACAUUUUAAAAAUAGAAGAAAUCAUAAGUUAAAUUAUACAAAGCACUAUUUAAUCAAAUAAAAUAGUUUUUUUUAAAAUAUUUGAAAACAUUAUUAGUUGCAUUCGAUAAUAUUCAUAUGCUAGUGGAUAUAUAGAAUUUAGAAAAAUCUUGAAUAAUUUUUAAACGUAAUUUUAUAUUUAAAUUUAGCCUAUCUUUGUAGAGAAUAUUAAGUGCAAUUCAUUUACAAAUAUAGUAAUUAAAAGGAUAAUCAUUAAUUAAAUUAUAUGAAUAAAAUAAGAUUAUGGUAGAAUCUUUUGUCAGCUUAUUACAUUAAUUGAUGAACUUGAAUUUUAAUCUAAGUUAUUAUGAGAUAGAUAUAGAUAAUGAUGGAAAAGAUUCUUCCCAAUUAACUAAUGUAUUUAAGGCAAUUUAAUUCUUAGUUUCCAGAUUAUUAUUUAGAAUUAAUAAUAGACCCUAUAUUUUUGAAAGAGUUAUUUUAAAAUACCUUAGGAUUUUUGAAUAUUGAUUAAAAUCUAUCUUUGUAAUGCAUAAGUAUGCUUUAAAGAAUAGCUUGUGUGAGAUUAUCAAUAUUUCACAAUAAGAAAUGCAAAGGAGGAUUUAGAAGAGUUAUGUGGGAAGGUUUACUCUAUUUAUAUUAAAACCAAGAUUAAUUUAUAAAUUAUUCAGAGUUUUCAUCUGAAAUACAUUCAUUAGCAAUAAGGGUUAUUAAUAAUCUAACCCUAAGAAAAGUAGCUAAAUUUUAAUUUCUAUUUGAUAAUUUUUUUUAAUUGAUUUAAUAAGUUUAUUAAAAAACUAUUUAGCUAUUUGGUGUCNUACAUCAGAAUUCAAAAAUAGCUAUGAGCGUUGGAGAUUUUAAUGUAAGCAAUAAUGACCUUGAUAGAAUAGAAAAACUAACAAGUUUUAGAGUUACUUAAAAACUUUGUUCUAGAUUAUUCAAAUAUUGAAUUAUUUAAAAGUCUAAUACUAGAAGAUUGUAAUCCUGAGACCACGUUUGUUCUUUAUUCAAUUAUAUAAAAAAGUCUUAUAAAUGGAGAUCAUUUUACAAAUUUACCUCAUCAAAAAGUGAAUACUGAGUACUUUAGUAAUGAAUAUGAUCAUCGAUUAAAUAUUACAGAAAUUUGUACUAAACAUAUAGACAUUGCUCUAAUUUAUUUACAAUAAUCUCACAAUCAUCCUAGUUAUGUAUAUAACUAAGUAAUUUUUACUAUUGCACUUUUGGUGAGAAAAAAUUGGAUUGACAUUUUAAAAAUAGAAGAAAUCAUAAGUUAAAUUAUACAAAGCACUAUUUAAUCAAAUAAAAUAGUUUUUUUUAAAAUAUUUGAAAACAUUAUUAGUUGCAUUCGAUAAUAUUCAUAUGCUAGUGGAUAUAUAGAAUUUAGAAAAAUCUUGAAUAAUUUUUAAACGUAAUUUUAUAUUUAAAUUUAGCCUAUCUUUGUAGAGAAUAUUAAGUGCAAUUCAUUUACAAAUAUAGUAAUUAAAAGGAUAAUCAUUAAUUAAAUUAUAUGAAUAAAAUAAGAUUAUGGUAGAAUCUUUUGUCAGCUUAUUACAUUAAUUGAUGAACUUGAAUUUUAAUCUAAGUUAUUAUGAGAUAGAUAUAGAUAAUGAUGGAAAAGAUUCUUCCCAAUUAACUAAUGUAUUUAAGGCAAUUUAAUUCUUAGUUUCCAGAUUAUUAUUUAGAAUUAAUAAUAGACCCUAUAUUUUUGAAAGAGUUAUUUUAAAAUACCUUAGGAUUUUUGAAUAUUGAUUAAAAUCUAUCUUUGUAAUGCAUAAGUAUGCUUUAAAGAAUAGCUUGUGUGAGAUUAUCAAUAUUUCACAAUAAGAAAUGCAAAGGAGGAUUUAGAAGAGUUAUGUGGGAAGGUUUACUCUAUUUAUAUUAAAACCAAGAUUAAUUUAUAAAUUAUUCAGAGUUUUCAUCUGAAAUACAUUCAUUAGCAAUAAGGGUUAUUAAUAAUCUAACCCUAAGAAAAGUAGCUAAAUUUUAAUUUCUAUUUGAUAAUUUUUUUUAAUUGAUUUAAUAAGUUUAUUAAAAAACUAUUUAGCUAUUUGGUGUCAAAAUUAUGCUUAACAGUCCAAUAAUUAAAUUAUAAGAACUCUGGAAUUAAAUAAGUUAUUAAGGGUCAUUACAUUUACCUCUACAUGAUGGAUUAAAUGUACAAAUAAAUAAAACUAUGCAAAAUCAUAUAAUUAUUGUAUUGAAGACAUUCUUUUAAUAAAAUUAAUUUACAGAAAUACCAUAAGAAUGUAGUAUUAAGAAGUUUAAGAAAUUGUUGGGUUUAACAUUUAUGCCUUUUCAUUGUUUAUUUAAAUCUCAUAUAUAGGAGAAUAUUGGUAUAAUUAUACAAAUGAUAGAAUAAUUAAGAGGAGAUAAUGAAUGUAAUAAAAUUAAUUAUCAAUAGAUUAAUGUGCUGCUGUAAUUAGUUUAACCAUAGUAUUUUUAUUGCAUACAGCAAAUACUGAGAUUUUGAAUUUAGGGUUUGAUAACUAUAACUUUGGAUAAAAAGAAGAACCAAAACCAAAUCUUGAUGGAUAGGCUUAUAUUUUGAAAUUUAUAGUGGAACUUAUAAUGAAUCCAUAAGUGUAAAAAAAUACAAGAAUAUUAAAAAUGACUAUUCUUUCAUUUAUUGAAAGUUUUAUUACUACAACAAUUGAUUCGUUUUGUUAUGAAUAGGAGACAAAAUAAUUCAAGAAUCUUUCUCAACUAUAUUCUUAGUUGAUACGUGUAGAUUAAAGAUAUUAAAAUUAUUUAUUAGUUCUGGAGACUAUGCUUGAAGAAUGGUAAUUUAAAUAGUUAUUUAAUUUUAGCUUUUAAGUAUUUACAUAGACUGAUCCUAACUUAAUUGAAUUUAGCCUUAAAUUAAUAGAGUUUAUCUAUUAAAAAGUUAAAAAAUAUAUUCCUAGAAAAGUUUUCAAGAUUUGUAGUAUUACUGAAAUGCUUAAAUAGUUUUUUUUUUAAUUAAAUAUAACUUGUUUGAACACACCUUAAUAUAUAAAAAAAAGAGCAUUGGUCUUUAAAAUUAUAACUGUUGUUUGGGUAGAUGAUUGUUCUGAUGAUUAUGUUAAUGCCCUUGUGGACAUUUAUAAUUAAAUAAAAUAAAGUAUCAUAGGUGAAAUGAAUAAAGUUAAUAUACUAAAAUAUAUUUGGGAUCUUAUUGGAAUAGCUUCAGAAAUAGAUGUCGAUAAUAUUUAUAGAACAUUUCUAAGAAUAAUGUAUUAAAUUCGAUAACUUAAAUUAGUUAUCCUGAUUUCGCAAAUUUAUUAUCAUAAGAAAAUAUUGAGCUUUUCGCUAAAGACUAUGAUUCUUCAAUAGCUAUCAUUACAUUAUUCAAGGCUAUCUUCUAUAACAAGUAUUGUUUUAUUCCUAAAAUAUUAGAAACACAAGAUUGUCUACAGAAAACAUUUAAUUGAUUUUGUAUCAAAUUUAUGGUAAAGCAAUGAAAUUUUUUAUUAUUCUGAUUUAAUAAUAAAUCCUAACAGCUAAAUCUUAACCAAAAGUAUCAGAUUUAUAACUAAAAUAAGUAGCCAAACUUUUGGCUCUUAUGAGUUAAAUAUCUGGAUAAAAGAAAAUUAAUCAAGGAUUUUUCAUUAUUUAUAACGAUUAAUGCUUUCUAGAACUUUUUAAUCUAUAGAUAUAGCUUAUUUUAAUUUAUAGACCAUUACUUUAACAUAUUCCAAAAUACAAGAAAUUACUCUAUGAAUGUUUUGAUUGCAUUUGUUAAGAUCACUCAGAAACCUUAGCUUAUAAGUGUGAUUUAAAUGCUUAUCUUGAUAUUUUGACAAUUUGUAAAGAAUCUUUAAAAGAAAUUAUUUGUGAUAAUUAAGGAGAAGAUACAAUCACUGAGAAUAGUACUACUCUUAUAUUAAUUGGAACUUUAUUAAAUAAUAUAUCUACAUUUUUAGUUUAAGAAGCUUCAGUAGGAGAUAUUAAUGAUUUAUAAAUGAUUAAAAAUAAAAUAAAUGGAAUAAAUCAGUAGGGAAAAUAAUUACUUUAUGAAAUCUUUAAUUUGAGUUGCUAAAUUACUUUAAUUUAUCCAAAAAAUUCAAAAAUAAUAUUUGCAAUUCCUGAAAUACUAUAUGCAAUUUCCAUUUUCAAUCCAUAAGAUGUAAUUAUAAUUUUAGAAUACUUAGUUUGAGACUCUUCUCAUCACAAUGAUGACUAAUUAAAUAGGAAUAAUUUCAAAUCCUCUUAUUGAUCAAAUAAGUUAAGCUUUUAAGAAUCUCUAAGGGGAAUUGUAAAUUACAAACAAAGAAGAUUUUGUUAGAAAAAUUAAAAUGGUUUUAGAAAUGUAUAAAUGA